AUGUCCGUUCAGACUAUCACGGUGCCCACCCCCGACAUUCAGUAUCAUCCGGAUUUGGAAAAGUACAAGCAACGGACUCGUCGCCGAAAGGAGACUGAGACCCUCCAAACCACUUUACCCGCAGGCUUCCCACAGAAGUUGGUAUCGUCACUGGUCUGGGAAGGAAAGGAUGUUGAAAAGCGGGAUGACUGGGUUUAUCAGUUGAACCAUGACCAACUUGAUGAACUCGACGCUGCUUUGAAGAGUUUCAGAGCUCUCAACCUUUCCUUGGGACACAUCAAUCAAUCAACUUUCCCUCUACCUACCCUCCGACCGGUUCUUCGUCACCUCUCGAAGGAGAUCCAUACCGGUCGAGGAUUCGUCGUGCUCCGGGGUCUACGUAUCGAUGAUUACUCGCGAGAAGAGAAUGUCAUCAUCUAUACCGGUCUCUCUUCCCACAUUGGCAAUAUUCGAGGACGUCAGCAAUACGUUCGACUGGAAAAUAACGCUUCACCCGUGUUGUCCCACAUCAAAGACCUCACCACCACAGCCCAAAAGAAUCUUAUCGGGGCUCCUUCGAACACAGCCGACAAGCAGGUUUUCCACACCGAUGCUGGCGACAUUGUCUCCCUCCUUUGUCUGAACCGAGCCGCCGAGGGAGGAGAAAGCUAUCUUUCCAGCAGCUGGCAUGUGUACAACAUCCUAGCCCAGGAAAGACCUGAUCUGAUUCACACUCUGUCCCAGAAUUGGCCCCUCGACGGCUUCAAUAACCCAGCCAGUCCUUACACUCUCCGCCCACUGCUAUACUACCACCCAGCCACUGCCACUACCCCUGAAAGGGUGCUCAUCCAAUAUGCACGACGGUACUUCACCGGAUUUCUAGCUCAGCCCCGAUCGAAGGAUAUUCCCUCUAUCACGGAAGCGCAAGCCGAAGCGCUGGACGCUUUGCACUUCUUGGCGGAAGAGCACAGGGCCACUCUGGAUUUCCAGAAAGGUGAUGUGCAGUAUGUGAAUAACCUUAGCAUUUUCCAUGCGCGGAAUGGGUUCACAGAUGCGCCUGGGCAAGAGCGUCAUCUGUUGAGGCUCUGGCUGCGAGACCCUGAAAAUGCAUGGGAAAUACCCCAGGAGCUCCAAGCCCGCUGGGAUACUGUCUACAAAGAUGUUUGGGCGGAGGAGCAGGUGUUCCCAUUGGAGCCGACUAUUCGCAAAAGUGUCUGA